AGUUUGUCACCACAACUUCUCAGACCCCACCUGAGGACAGACAAGACAACAGCUCAGCACAGAAGAAGACAUGGUGUCAAUCAAAGCUACGGUGAUGGUGAUCACGCUUCUCACCUUUUGUCUGCUGGGCACAGCGUCUAGGUAUCAUAGCUGUUGUCGAAGUUAUAUUAGCACCAAACUUCCAUUCAGUGUAAUCAAGGGGUACUCAGUCCAGUGUGAAAAAGAGAAUUGUCCAAUCGGUGCCAUCAUUUUCCACACAAAGAAGGGCAAAGACGUUUGCACCAAUCCAGCUUUGAACUGGGUGAUGAACUAUGUCAACCGCAUAAGGACUGAAGCACAAAUUGCUCACAACAACUCACAGUCCAAGCAGUAAGAGCUGUUCUGGUGUCUGAAGAGAGUAUACUCCAGUUCUCAGUUUGUUUAACUAAUCCUCUGAUUGUAAAAAAAAAAAAA